UAGCGCUGGUUGGCUGAAUAAUAGCUGAAUGACAAUUUGAAGCAACGACCUCCAUUCAACCUUUCGGCUGCCACUUCGCCACUUUGCAGACUCAAAGUGAAUAAUAAAGUUGAAGCUGCAGUCUCUUUCAACACCGCUACAUCUACAAAAUGACCACCUACUUCAACUACCCAUCCAAGGAAUUGCAGGAGGAGCUUAGCCGCAUUGCGCGCGCUAUUGUCGCUCCCGGCAAGGGUAUUCUCGCUGCUGAUGAGUCCGUCUCCACCAUGGGCAAGCGUUUGCAGGAUAUUGGUGUUGAAAAUACCGAUGAACACCGUCGUCUAUACCGUCAGCUGUUGUUCUCUACUGACCCAAAGGUCGCUGAGAAUAUUUCCGGUGUGAUUUUGUUCCACGAGACUUUGUACCAGAAGGCCGAUGAUGGCACUCCAUUCGUUGAAUUGCUGAAGAAGCGCGGCAUCAUUCCCGGCAUUAAGGUCGACAAGGGUGUUGUGCCAUUGUUCGGCUCCGAAGACGAGUGCACCACUCAGGGUUUGGAUGAUUUGGCUGCCCGUUGCGCCCAAUACAAGAAGGACGGUUGCGACUUCGCCAAGUGGCGUUGUGUCUUGAAGAUUGGCAAGAACACACCUUCCUACCAAUCUAUCUUGGAGAAUGCCAAUGUUUUGGCACGCUAUGCCUCCAUCUGCCAAUCGCAGCGUAUCGUACCAAUUGUUGAACCCGAAGUGUUGCCCGAUGGUGAUCAUGACUUGGAUCGCGCACAAAAAGUUACCGAAACUGUAUUGGCUGCUGUCUACAAGGCUUUGAAUGAUCAUCAUGUCUACUUGGAGGGUACCUUAUUGAAGCCCAACAUGGUGACAGCUGGUCAAUCAUGCGCCAAGAAGUACACUCCCGAUCAAGUAGCGCUCGCCACCGUCGAAGCUCUGCGCAGAACUGUGCCAGCUGCCGUGCCCGGCAUCACCUUCUUGUCUGGUGGUCAAUCUGAGGAGGAAGCUUCCGUGCACUUGAAUGCCAUCAACAAUGUGCCAUUGUUGAAACCAUGGGCUCUGACCUUCUCUUACGGUCGUGCUCUGCAAGCUUCCGUCUUGCGCGCAUGGGGAGGCAAAAAAGACAAUGUAUCCGCUGGUCAAAACGAGCUGUUGAAGCGCGCGAAGGCCAACGGUGAAUCUGCUGUGGGCAAAUAUGUUGCCGGCAGUGUGGUCGGUGCUGGUGCUGAUGCAGCACUCUUCAUUGCCAACCAUGCCUAUUAAACAAAAGCAACAAUAGCAUAAAAAGCACAAAAUAGGAGAGGUCAUGGUAGCAAAAGCCAUGAGGAGGUGCUCUAUAAGAGAAAACACAGGCUUAACUAAAUUAUAAUGAGAUGGAUUAUUGUUUGCAAUUUAUUUAUUAAGGAUAAAGCGAAGUGACAAAGGUAACAACAAAAGCAACAACAAUAAAAAUAAACAAAUAUGCCCUACUAUAAAUUAGUAGAAAUUCAACCAAAGCCGUGCAAGAACUAGUGGAGCAGAGAGUGGAAAUAACAACAAAUUCAAGAAAAUAAGAACAACAAAAACAGGUCAAGCUGUAAUACAAAUAACAACAAUAACAGCCACAUAAAAAAACAUCACAUAAGUGCGUUAAAUGAACCACAUUACACCUCGCUGCCUCUUCCUCCCACCUGGUACAAGCGAUUUUCAUGAACAAAAAUAAGUGAUGGAAAACUGAAGCGCAACAAAAAUUUCAAUCCAAGCAUUAUUUACUGUACAUACACACACAGACACACAAUAACCAUAUAAAAAAAAUCAUUCAGAAUUGUUGAAGCGUUAAGUUUUAAUACCUCUACAGCAGACUGGUUGAAAGACGUUAGAAACAACAAACAACUCUAUUUAUCAACACUCUGUUCAUCAUGGCUGCGGCAGACGCACCAACAACUCACUAAGCGUCGAGAGAUGAAGAACAAACAACAACAAAAAAACUGUUUGCUGUUACAAUAAAGAAAUUUAUUAUCAUUAUGUAUAUGUUUAAGUAAAAAACACUAAAAAGUAAUCAAGUUGAGAGUUAAUACCAAAUUUAGACAAAAUGAGAAGAAACACGGAACAAAUAAAAUAAAAAAUAUAUAAAACGUUAAAAA